AUGGGUGUUGGCUCCAACAAUUCGCAUUGGUCUCAAACCAAUGACAUGCAUUUCGAAGACCAUGAGUUCGAGAUGGACGAGGAGGGUGAGGGCAUUGUCGAUGCGCACCGAAAGGAAGAGCGGUACAACAUUGCGCAAAACUUGUUCAAAGAAGAGGAGAGGACAACCAAGAAGGGGAAGAUCAAGAAAGGAAGGGUCUUUACCUUGCCCCAUUGCUAUAACGUGUUGAAGGAUGAUGAGAAAUGGAAGAAGCAUGAAGAUUUGGAUGAUUUGCAUUUGAGCAACAAACGCAAGCGAACAAUUAAGUUAGAUGAUGAUGAGGAGGAGGAUGAUGCAUCAAGUGAUGACGGCAAGAAAAGAAGCCAACGAGGUGAGGAAAAUGGCAAGGAACCAAGAUGCCGCGCGGCCGAGGAGAGGAGGGUGGCGGCCGAGGAGAGGAAGGUGGCUUUGGAGGAGAGGAAGGUGAGCAAUGAGGAGCGAACUAGAUUGUUGGAAUGGGAGAAGCACUUGUUCUUCUUGGACACAUCUAACCUCAAUGCGGCGCAAAAGGAGUAUGUCAAUCUUGCCCGUGAAGAAGUCUUGAUCCAAAAAAGAGCCAUGGUUCGUGCAAUGGGUGGCGGUGGCCUCGGCGCCAUGGGUGGUGCUGGCCUCGGCGCCAUGGGUGGCGGUGGCCUCGGCGCAAUGGGUGGCGGUGGCCUCGGCGCCAUGGGUGCCAUGGGUGGCUUCGGAGCUACCGUGGGCGGUGCAAUGGGAGGCAUUGCUGGCUUUGGAGCACCCCCCGACGCUAUGGCCACCAUGGGAGAUGCCGUUGAAGAUCUUGCCAACACCGUCGGAGCUUCACGUGAUGCGGUGCGCGAUGAGGAGAGGGAGGAAGAUUCAUCUUCGGAGGCGGAAGAAUCGUCUUCCGAAGAUGAGGACGAGGACGAGGAAUGA